AAAGGGAUUUGACAGUUGCGGGUCUCGAGCCGAUCCUCCGGUUACUUCCUCGGUGGGACGGAGACGAUGGCGGCUGCUGCCUGCGGCCACAGCGCCGCGGUGACGGCCGCCGUUAACGGCAAGAAACCGCACACCGGCCGGGAGCACAGCCGCAGGAACCGGGAGAACUCCCGCCGGAGACAAGCCGCUCUUUUGUUCCUCAGUAACAUCUCCCUGGACGGGCGGCCGGUCCAGAGUAAUCCGGCCGAGAACCACAAAGACGCCGAACCGGAGGGAGCCGGCUCCGCGGCGGCCGCUGGAUGUCCGGAGCCCGGCAACAAAAGCAGCUACGGGACGUUCUCCGGCGUGUCCGCGGCACCGAGGACGGCGCCCCUGAACGUGCCGCCUAUCCUGGUCCUGCCGUCGGACUCGGGCUACAACGACGUGGGGAGCGCCGAGGUGCUGCUGGGGUGCCGCCGAGGCUCGCUCUCCUCUCCCGGGGACAGCAACCUGCUCUCCCCGUCCACCUCCAACACCAGCCUGCUGCCGUCGCCGCUGGGACCGCGGAAGUCCUCCACGCUGCUGUCGGUCCAGAGCUGCAACUCGGUGUCCUCGGAGCCCAGACACAGAACCCGUAACCUCUCCGGCGGUUCUCCUCGACCUCGACACACCAAGAAGAUCCACUUCAUCAAGAACAUGAAACAGUACGACACCAGAGGCAGCAGGAUUGUGCUCAUCUGUGCUAAGAGGUCGCUGUGUGCUGCCUUCUCUGUUCUGCCCUACGGAGAGAGCUUCUACCUCAGCGACCCCACGUUAAACCACCCCAGGAGGAGACACUCGUCUGGAAACAUCUCCACCACCCUGGAGAUGCUUCCGGGGCUGGAGGGCUUCCACCUGGACACCUAUGGACGGUCGGUGUCGUACGCCCAGUUCCUGUAUCCCACCAACGCUCUGGUGAGGCAGAAACCGUCGUCCACCAGCGACCUGACGCUGCAGAUCCCAGUUUCCAGGAGCGCACACAGUAUGACGGGCAGGAACUUCCCACCCAGCCGCCUGAACAGCACCGUAGGACUGGACCUGGGUCUGGAAGAUGUGACCGACUACGACCCCAACAUCCUCAGCGACCCCCAGUGGCCUUGUGGGAAACACAAACGAGUGCUGAUCUUCGCCUCCUACAUGACGACCGUCAUAGAAUACGUCAAACCGUCCGACCUGAAGAAAGACAUGAACGAGACUUUCAAGGAGAAGUUUCCUCACGUCAAACUCACCCUCAGCAAAAUACGCAGCCUGAAGCGGGAGAUGCGGGUCGUCGGGGAGGAUUGCGGCCUGCAGCCCGUCACCAUCGCCAUGGCGUUCGUCUACUUUGAGAAGCUGGUGCUGCAGGGUCGACUCAACAAGCAGAACCGGAAGUUGGUGUCAGCUGCCUGCAUCCUGUUAGCUGCCAAGAUCAGCAGCGACCUGAAGAAACAGGAGGUCAAACACCUCAUCGAUAAGCUGGAGGAACGUUUCCGGAUCAGCCGGAGGGAGCUGAUAUCGUUCGAGUUCACCAUCCUGGUCGCCCUGGAGAUGGCGCUGUACCUCCCCGAGAGUAAAGUGAUGCCCCAUUACCGGCGGCUGGUGCAGCAGCAGCAGCUGUAGAGGAACGCUGCUGCUGUUCCCUGGAAGCACCUUCAAGUUCCAACACUGUGACCAACAGACGGAUCCUGGAGGGUUCAUCCUCCUCAGACUGUGACGGUGGUUCGACUCCAGUGCCUGGCUCAAAGGCCUCCUACCCCGCAGACACCAAAGUGAUGAAACACUGUGAGUUCAGCAGCAGCAGCAGCAGGACUGAUGGGACCAAUGGAAGUCAUCACAGCCCCUCCAAAUCAUGUCGCACUCACAGGAAUACUCAUUCUUUAUUUUUAUAUGGGACCUUUUCGACCAUUUUAGACAAAAUAGUAAUUAUUAUUGAACCAGGAAGCCGGGGAGGGAUGUAAUACGCACAGAAAACAGAAUAUCUGAGAUUUAAGUUGCAAAUUCAUAAGAAAAAACUCUAAAAAUAUUAAAUAUUAAAGACUUACAGGAACUAAAGUCAAUUCUUUAUUUAUUUUCCUUCUUGUGUAGGAACCACAUCCAUUCACAUUUCCUCUUCACACAUCAGUGAGGAGGUGAUGUUAACGAUAAUGUGGUGAUUCUGGGCUAAAUUCUAGAGUAUUUACUUGAAGCUAAAUUAAAGUUUCCACUGCAGGAGUAAUAAUUGACCAGCUGUGGUGUCUGUGAUCUGAAUCCUUGACCAGAAAAAUCCUAAUUUUCUUGCAGAUUUAUGAGUUACAAGAAUAUUUUAGAGUUUUUUAAUCUCCUCAUGAAUUUACAACUUUAAUCUCUGGAAUUCUGAUUUGUUUUUCUCAGAAUAUUUCCAUAAUAUUCAUUUAUUUACUUUUUAAAAUUAUUAUUAUUUUGCACCUGCAUUGACAUUAAUAUGCCGUAAACAUUUACACCUUUGGUUGUUGUUUCUGUAGGUUUUGGAAUGUUUCCCAGAUAUUUUAGUUGCUGAUAGUCAACCAAACUCGUCUCUCCAUGUAGUUUCUGUUUAAACUUGUUCGACUACUUUAUCAUCGUUUAUUUGCAUAUUGACCUAAAAGGAACUAAAAAGUUGCUCGAUCAAACCAUUUUAAAGGAUAACUUCACUAUUUCAAAUCUGUCUCAUCAGCAUAUAAAUACUGAAAAUGUCUUCCUUCUGUUGCUGUGAUUCCAACAGAGAGACACAAAUUUGGAAUUUUACACUAAAACAGUCUCAGUUCAGACAGAUUUUCUAACUCAAGACCGCUGAAGAAUCAGAUUUACUUGUCUGUGUAGUUUCUCAUUCAUCCAGGUCAUGGUUAUCCAAAGUUCAGUUCAGUUCAGGCUUCUUCAGUUCUACAGAACUGAAGAAGCCUCUUGGAUGAGAGGUGAAACGUCUUCAAGGAACCUUCUUAAAGUCCAGUUGGAAUGAUUUAAACAACUUUGGAUAAUCAGAUUUACUCAAGAUAAAGUUGGGAAAGACUAGAUUUUGUCCUCCAUCACAUCUCUGAAGCACAAAAAUCAGAACAGAUUCAAACAAAACCUGUUUUAAUGUGCAUAGAAACACCUUAACUUUGCUUUACGACUAACCUGAAUAAUUGUGCCGUUAUCCUUUAAACCAGUUUUAACCAUCAGAGUCCUGAAAACAAUCAUGUGCACUCGACAAUCAUUUUACUGUAAGGUGGAAAAAACUCUUAGAGCAUUUCUGGAAAUGAGGGGAAACUUUAGUUUCUAAUUUAAUCAAAUCUGAACUUUUGUGCUUCUAGUUCUGAUGUCAGGCUUCAUUUCUCUGAACUUCCAGCUGACGAGUUUUGAAUUAUCAGCCUUGGUUUCUUGUAUUUAUGGUCGACACAUUUCCACUUUGUCUUCACAGCUCCGUCUGGUUGGACUUUAUUUUGGCGAGCUAAGAUUCGCUGGUGACAUUUUCUAAACAUCAGUCAGAGUUUGGAUGUUGAAGUGCCUUUACUGAAGUCGGCUAUCGCUGAGGAGGAGCCACUUUUUAGAAUUUUUCCCUCGAUUUUAGUGAUUCAAACCAGCAGCUUCGUCUUUUCUUCACCUCUUCUGUGUUUUUUUAUUCCAGUCUUGAGCUCAUUCUUCUUCUUCUGUGUCAUUUUGGACAUAGCUGUGAUGAGAAACUAGUCAGCUUAGACUAAAACACAUGAAACAAAUCCUUACAUCGACACCUCUGCUGCAGUAACAACUUCCUUUGAUUGUCAGACAGGAAGUACAGCCGUGACGUCCUGUGAAAUUAGUUUCCUUCUACAGCUAGUUUGGUUGCUUGAUGUAAAAUUAACAGCAUUUAAUCUUCCAAAUGUGGCUCUGAUCUUCCCAAAUCUGACAAACAUGACCAGUGUUUUCUUUGGAAUUGCACCAGAAGGGUGGAAAACACAUUAAAAACCAGUGUUAAACUUUCCACAUCCAUCUGCAGACGUUGGGAGGGUUCAUUCGUGGAAUACGUUAACGUCCAUCUACAGCGUAUGUAAUAAACAGAAUUCUCUGACCAGACUACAGGGUAAUAAUAUUAAAAUAUGGAGUAUAUUCGUAGUUAAAACAUUUAUUGCAUUCUGUAUUUUUAUGGGCUGCAAUAGCUGAAAGAAGCUCACCACAGCUGAAGACACAAAAACUGCAGAUUAGGUCGAUAUUUAAGGCGGAAUUUUAAAACUAAGAUGAAAAAUGUAGUUGAAAGAUUUUAUUAACCUUGAUCUGGCUGCUGUCAGUUUCUGGAUGUUUCAUUAGCACUAGAGCUAAAAUGAUUGAUUAGUUGAUCUGCAAAUCAAUCGGUUGUUGGCAUCUUUUUGCCCUGACAUUGUAUAGAUAACAAGAUUAAUGAUCCCUAAUGAAAACUAUAGAUGUCCUGAUUCCAUCUUAAAGAUCAGAAUCAGGACUGAUUGAGGCAUUUUUAAAAUGAUCAGAGUUGGAAUCUAAACCUGAUCAUUUGUUUUUGUCUGGUGUCACACAGGUGUUGAAAAGCUAGAGCACAGUUUGUAGUGGAAUGCUAGAGAUUCUGUUUUCUUAAAGCAAGUAUUUAAAGCAAUAUUCUGCAGCAUUAUUAAUCAAUAGUUGAUUAAUCAAUAACAAAGUGAGCACACUGUUAUUUCUGAUUUAGUCAUGAUACAGAUUGUAAAGGUGUUUCUGUCCUGGUUGAUCCCAGCUCCUCUAAAAACAUAUUAGCACUAGUCAGAGGUCAUUAAGCAUCUCAUGAAUCUUUGUCAUGGUGGCCGUUGCCAACAUGAACUGCAGUCUAAGUGACGCCUCUUCUGGUCUCUACAGUAUUAAACAGGAAGAGGCUCCACCUGGUGGAACAACCAGGUACUACAGCUGAUCUACAUUUACUGACAUCAUGUACUUUGUCUUCUGCCCUAAAAUUAUUAAGCGAGUCUAAAAACAGUCCAAAACCAAGUCAAGAACCGGUUUAAAAUCGUCCAAAAAGCUAGUCUGAAACUAUAUUUAAAGCAGAAUAAACAAGACUGAAACCAAGUCCAGAACUGGUCAAAACCAGUUUUAAAUCAGCACAAAAGCUAUAUUCAACUGGUGUGCAUGAGUUAGCUUUGGUCGGAGGUCAUUAAGCAACACAGAAGUCUUUGUCAUGGUGCCCCUUUGCUAGCUAAACUCCCACAAUGCUCUCUGCUUUAACAUAAACUGUAGUCUGAGUGACGCCUCCUCUGGUCUCUACAGUAUUAAACAGGAAGAGGCUCCACCUGGUGGAACAACCAGGAACUACAGCUGAUCUAUAUUUACUGACAUCAUGUAGAUAAUACAGGUUUUCUACAUCUUUGCACAGAACAUCCUAAACUUUAACACUACGUUUAGACAGAGUCCUACUGCAGCUUUACCACAAGGUUCCUGAACACCUACAGAACAUUCAGGAACAGACUGGAGGCAGAAAUGCAUUUUUUUAAAUGCAUUUCAGAGAUAUUCAGUUGUCAAGCAGAUAAAUUGGAUUGUUUUUAUUAGCUUUAAUGUACCUAAAGUGUGUGUUAUCAGGAAAAUGGCAUCGGAUUGGGACAAAAACCUGAUAAGGACGUCUCAUGGUAGUAAUAGUUGCAGCUCUAGUAAACACCCAACACUUCGACAUUUUGUGCUGCAGAUGUGAUUUGCAUUAAAGUUCUGGGUGGAGACUCUAAACUUAUCAAAGCGACACUUCAGCUCUUUAUCGGUACAACAGACCUGUAAUGACUGACUUUUAUUUUCUGAUGCUGAGACAGAAAACAGCAGUUUCCUGAAGUGGACUAGAUAAAGACGUUGUUUAACAGAAGGAACUCACAGACUUCCUCAUUCUGUGUGAGGAGGAACACCACAGUAACCUUUCUGCAACCUUUCUGUUUAGGGAACUACCUUAUUUAUUGUAUUUUCACUGUAUCAUAAAGGGACGAAUAUUUAACCCGACCGAAGCCUCUGACGGGAUGUUUGUGACGUUUCUCCUUCGUGUUGGAGGGAAAACAAACUCCUCCCGAAGAGCUCCGGUUGUUUUUGCACUUUGCCUUUUAGCUCCACGAUCCUGAAUCUUUAUUUUAUCACUGAGGGUAAUAUUUUUCUACAUGUGUUGUUGUAAUGUUGUACAUUGAAAACCGGCGAGUCACUGAACUUUAUUUAUAGCUGAUAAAAACUCCAGAUAGAGAAUCGUGUUUGUUCUAUAAACCAUAAAACCUGCAGCAGAUCAUUUAACUGAAAACAGUUUGGAUUAAACAUGAUUCUUCAUCUCCGGAGUUCAUGCCGACACUCUUCCGCUGAUGUUGUUUCCUCUCUCGAGUUGUUCGUGUUUUGCAGUUGAGGUUCGUCUUCUUUGAGAGUCGGAGCAGGAGGGUUAGCAGAGUUAGCAGGAUAACUCUGGGUGUUUAUUCUUUAAUAUGUGGUCCGGCUUUACUGAUUUUUUUGGAGUUGUGUGCAUAGACUUUGUGAGAGUCAAUAAUAGAUCCAAAGUAGAAGAAACAAAAAGCUAAAUGUUGGGUUUGGGUUUGAGUUUCUGCACAAAAAUGUAAGCAGUUAUUGCUCAUCAACCCUCUGAACUCCAAGCAGCGUUUUCUGAGUGUUUUUCAUUGGUUCCUGUCUCAUUUUUUCUUCACUGUUGGUUAAUUUUUCUCUGUAAUCUAAAGUCCUGCAGCUCUAUAGAAACAGAAUAACCGUGAAUAUAGGUAGCAAUAACUCAGAAAUGUCUUUUGUCAGUAUGACACAGUUAAAAUGACAAAAAUCUAAUUUUAAAAAGAAAAAACUCAAGACUUUCCUCGAUGGAAGCAGAACAACCAUGAAGAAGGAGAGAAUUCUUUGUGCAGACACAGUUGCGAUGCCAAAAGUUGAAUUUCUUUCAUUAUUAAUUUUUCUAAAACUUUAAAAACUGGAAUCAGCUUGAACAGCAUUUUUCUAAGUAACAAUACUGAAAAAAAACUGAGCUUUACACAGCCUGCAGUUCAGCCAAGUUAAACCGAAUUGUUUCCUGAAUUUUCAGUACCAGACUGUGGGUCACAGACAAGUCAGUAACAGGUCUAUGAAUAUACAGAGGAACUCAGAAUUUUUUCCUUUUUUACAGAAUCUGGCUACUGUAAUUGGUUUAUUUUUGGCAAAAUUUUAAAUGAGACAAAGAAUAAAGCGAUUUCUGAUGAAAUACUCAGAUUUUAAAGUUUUCCAACAGAGCGACAGUCAGGGAAUGUUGGAAUGUCAAAAAACACGAUUGUUUCUGUUUAUACAGUUUUUGGCUCUAAAUUAAAAAGAAAAAAUGUAAUUAUUAAUCUAUUUUUUCAUACCUUUCAGAACUUGGAGUUCAGAGGAUUAAAUCUGUUUAGCUGUAAAUCAUGAAUAUCUCAAACAAACUGUGUGAAUAUCAAGUCUACGUUUGUUUUUUUCAGGAGUUAUUUUUCAUAUCAGUCUGAAUUAAAUGUCAUAAAACUCUAACCCUGAAAAAAAAAAUUAACACAGACUUGAUGUUUACUGGAAAAUUACACAAAACUGUUGAUUUUUCUUUUCAGUUAUACAGAAGUUAAAGUAAUAAAACACCUGAUUGGUCCUUUAAGACAGUUUAGAUGUCAGUUUGAGGUUCGUGUAGAACUUUAAAAUGAAGUUUUUUCUCUCUCCUGCUCCAACAAAUAUGCAGAAGACCAAUCUUUGCUCUAUUUGCACUUAAACACUCCAGAGUAGAGUCGUGUGUUUAAACAGCAGGACUUCCUUGAUUUAAAUGUCUAAAAUAAUAAAUAUGUUGUAAGAAACAUGUUAAAUACACAACUCUGCUUGAGCGUAGAAACACGAUCUUCCAAAGUCAUCUUCUCUACAUUAGAGAUUUGUGAUAUUGAUUCUAUGCAGCUUUUCUUCUGUCCGCCGACCUUCAUCUUCCUCCUCUUCCUCGGUGUGUUUACCUGUAACGUGCCACAGCGUUUAUUUUUCACUCUUAUUUAAACCUCACGUCAUGUUUAGUUUAUUGUUUUGUAUCUAUUAUUGUUAUUUUAUUCUACUUUAAGCACUGUAACGCUGAAAAGGGAAUUUUAUUCACGUCUUCCAUUUCUAGUUCUUCUUUUUACAUCUUAAGUUAUUUCUCUGUUAAGUUAAUUUUUGUAUCGUGUUUGUUUUCUGUCCGACAACGUGGUCGAAGCAUCACAAUGUAAACAUGUGGAAAUGUUAUUUAUGUUGUUGUUCUUGUUGCCACUUUUAUAUCGAACACAUUUAGUGAUUAAAUACAGUUUUAAAAAGGUUCUGGACGUGUUGCGACGCAACAAGAGUGACUAUUUUUAUUGCAACCCGACGUUGACCUUUAAUGGUGUCUCAUAGUAACUAGUAGUUCCACUUUCACUGCAAAACUAGAGGAAAAAAAGUGGAUCAAAAUAUAUCAAAAAAUGUUUUGUAAAACAUGAAGACCAGAUACUGUUUAAACUGCCAAUGUUCAAUUCAAUGUCAUUUAUUUUCAUUAAAAACAUGUAAAAUACA